GUGUUAGUGGUCUGCAUCACCCCGUGUUCGUGUCUCCCAGGUAUAAAUAAUGGGGAAAAUAUCACACAAGAAACUGGAGAAGUCAGGUAACGCUGCUUUCACCGUCAUCCUUGUCAUCGGAAUAUUCACGGUGGUGAAUUAUCUGUUCCCGCUGACUUACAGAGGGACAUACAGGAGACUGAUCACGUCGGCGAUUUAUCCAUCCAACGACAAAUCCUGGGCCAACAACCUUCUCCUAUGUCCGGAAAAAAUCGGUCGACUUGGCAACACAAUGUUCCAAUAUGCAAGUUCCUAUGGCAUAGCUAAGGAAGUACAGAGGGAACUCGUACUUCCAGUGGAUGACAGGCUAUGGAAGUAUUUUCAUAUAACGGCAAAGGCUGUUUAUAAUAGGACAUUCACAUGCGAAAGAUGGAAACACGAACGAAUAGAUUUUACCGGAAUAUGGGAGAAACAUAUAUACGAAAAAGUAAAGAGAUCUCCCGAAAAUGUCAUGCUAAGACAUUAUUUUCAAUCAUGGAAGUUCUUUGAAAAAUAUAAAAAAGAAAUUAAACUUGAGUUUUCUUUAAAAGACUCAAUAAAGAAUUCAGCGAAUAAAAUUAUCCGUGAUACUGCCAUUACAUUUUAUCCUAUAGGAACGGCUGUGACCUUUAUUGGUGUUCAUGUAAGACGUGGAGAUUAUCUUCGUAUAAGGUUUUCAUCGUUUGGUUACAAUAUAGCCCCGUCAGAUUACGUUAUACGUGCUAUAAAAUACUGCCUAUCGAGGUAUACAAAUCCAAUGUUUAUAGUGUGUACAGAAGAUGUGGAGUGGACAAGGGAUGAACUCAAAUCCCUCCCUGACGCACACAUCGAAUUUGUGUUUCAUGAAAACUCACCGGAAGUUGAUUUUGGACUGUUGGUGGCAUGUAACCACACUAUUAUGACAGUCGGGAGUUUUGGAUGGUGGGCGGGAUACCUAGCCGGAGGUCUUGUGUUGAUGUCAUUGAUGAUGGUGAUUAUGAUGAUUAUCCUGGAAAAUAUCUCCAUCCACUUGUCUUCCAAAAGCAACGAAAGACCAAACAACACAUUUUCAUCUCGACAAUCUACUGCCAUGACGGUAUCAUCGGACGUUAGGAAAACGCUGAAAAACGAUUUUAAACUAUGUCCAGGCGCAAUAGGGCGUCUUGGUAAUCAGAUGUUUGUAUAUGCAAGCACGUAUGGCAUAGCAAGGUCUGUCAACAGGACACUUGUAAUUCCAAAGGAUGACAUUUUACGAAAUGUGUUCAAACUGACCGCACAUAUCAUGCCAAAUCGUUCCCUUUCCUGUGCCCGAUGGAAGCAUGUGUAUCCGAAGUUCAGUAGCCGCUAUGAUGGCAAUAUUAAUAACAGGGUGAUGGGUUACAAAAGUGAUAUUUCGCUGAGGAAAUAUCUCCAAUCUUCGAAAUACUUUGAAAAGUAUAAGUCAGAAAUUCUGCUGGAAUUCUCAUUGAAAGAUGAAUUAAAGGUGGUGGCAGAUUCAAUUCUAUAUCAAGCUGCGAAAUCGUUGUCGGUGGAUUCUGAAGGAAAUACCGUCACAUACUUGGGGUUCAUAUUAGGCGUGGAGACCUAUUGGUGGAAAGGAAGGUACAAUUCGGGUACAAUGUGGCCACUGGGACUUACAUUAAACAUUCCAUAG